GUGUUGGUUACUGAAGGCAGAAGUGUUCGACAGUUCUAGAACGAACUACUUGGCUUCUAAGUUAAUCAUGUAAGUACAAGGAUUCAUGACUUUCUUCUGUCAAUAAUUAAGAUUCUUUUUUGAUAAGUAUCAAUAAUUAUCAUUAUGCAUGCAAAUGAUGUCGGUGCCAAUUACAGUGGCAACGUGUGUCCGUAUUUAUGCAUUAUAAUGACCAUUUGAUGUUAUUGUGUGUGUUCCAAUUAGUGUGUUCAUUUUGCUAGAACAAAAAAUGGCCGGUAGCACCCCCGGAGUAUGGAGUCCAACUCACGAGAAGAAUGAUGACGACGUCAUAGAGGUCAUCAAUAUCGAAUAAGAUCUGGAGAUCGUUGACCUCUCUACUCCCGAAAUGGAGUUUGACAAUGACGAAUGGUUCGAUUUUUAUGACGAUAGCGGGGAUUGGGUAUAUAAUGACAUUGUUGGAGAGCAUCCAACCAAUUAUUGGACUCUAGAUGAAAUAUCCAUCUAUGAUUGGUACUCAAUGGGUCCCAAUGUGGACGAUAUUGGCACCCAUGUGAACUCGAUGGAGAAUAUGGGGGAAGAAGAGGAAGUUGAGGAAUCGAAGAAUGAGAAGGAGUCUUCCGACAUAGAGACCGAUGAAUGUCACUCUGAUCUUGACUUCGACCGCAAGAAUCCUUAGGAUUCUUGUAUAUGUAUAUUUAUUCUUCUUUCAGGAGUAGACAUAUGUAUGUGUGUAUAUAUACAUUUGGUAUUAGUAUGUGUAUACCUAUGUUAAUCGUGUAUUUACAUGAUGAUGCACUUAUGUAAAUAGUAUAUUUACAUAUGUUCUUUUUCCUGAGUGGAAAAUUGUUUGGAUAAAGCCAUUAUGAGCUUGUUUGAUUCUAAGAUCAACCACCAAUUUUAAAUGCGUUUGUCGCAUUGGUCCAAUUCAUUUAUGUGGCACGAAUGAAUGAUAAUUGUGCCAAAGUGAUACAUGAGAGGAUGGAAGACCUUAUGCUAGCCCUUCAUGGACUAUAAGUAAAGGUGGUUUUUGGAU